CGGCGCUCUGUUUAGAUGCCUUAGUCUGCUUGCGUUAGCUUAGCGGCUGUGUUGUGGCGAUGGAGCGCGCUGCGGGGUCACUGCAGGAGCAGGCUCUGAAAAGGAAAGAGAGAUUAAAAGCUCUCAAAGAAAGGCAGCUUCAGGGGAGAGAACCGGCAGAUGGAGAGCCGGAGAGUAAGAGAGCGCUGGAGGAGGCGGAAGCCGAGAAGCACAGAGACCUGAAACUGAGGAACUACACUCCAGAAGAUGAAGAGCUGAAGGAAAGGCAGGUGCCCAAAGCUAAACCUGCUUCAGUGGAGGAUAAAGUUAAAGACCAGCUGGAGGCCGCAAACCCCGAGCCAGUCAUAGAGGAAGUGGAUCUGGCCAAUCUCGCUCCGAGGAAACCAGACUGGGAUCUGAAGAGGGACGUGGCUAAAAAACUGGAGAAGCUGGAGAAGAGAACGCAGAAAGCCAUCGCAGAACUUAUUCGUGAGCGUCUGAAGGGCAGUGAAGAGGAGCUGGCCGGAGCUGUUGGAGCGGUAGCUGUGGAGGAAGGAGAUUCAGACUGAGCCAAUCCAUAUGGAUCUCUUCUGGAAGAUCACACUAGCUGCUAACUUCAGCAUAUCAGCUAAAGUGACUUGUCCAGACUCCGCCCACAGUAAAGAUCCCAUCAAACCUAAUGAGAAACUGUAGAACAGACUCAGUUUAUAUCACAAUACCUACAUUUAGAGUCGGUUAUUCAUUCAGCCUAAUGAGAAACUGUAGAACAGACUAAGUUUAUAUCACAAUACCUACAUUUAGAGUCGGUUAUUCAUUCAGCCUAAUGAGAAACUGUAGAACAGACUCAGUUUAUAUCACAAUACCUACAUUUAGAGUCGGUUAUUCAUUCAGCCUAAUGAGAAACUGUAGAACAGACUCAGUUUAUAUCACAAUACCUACAUUUAGAGUCGGUUAUAACUGCAGUUUAUAUAACUAUACCUAUAUUUAGGUUGAAUGGAAUUUUUGCAGUGUUCUGUAAAGCUUGUUCAAACCCACAGCAGGUGCUAUGAAAGAACCCAUUUGUGGGCGGAGCCUGGAGAGGGGAAUUUUAUUGCUGAGCGUCAGCAUUCAGAGCUGAACAGGUUGUGGGUUUGCUGUGUGAAAGAAAGCGAGUCUUUUUUGUUCUUUUAUGCUUUUCCAUUAAAUGAAAACAUAUUUUUUUA